CGGUAAAGUUUACAAUUAUGAUGCGAAAUACGAGUUAAACCGGAAAAAAAACAGCUCGUUUUUGUCGAGGAAUUUACCGUCAGUGUUCGUUGAGCUUAAUAUUAUUUAAAUGCAGGAUGUGUUCCGUGUCUUUGGGCAGUUUUUAGCGUUUGUUGCUUUUAUUUCUUUUCGCCUGAACCGGUGUAAAUAAACAUGGAGCCGACAGACAGCGACAACACAGACCGUCUCCAACUCCCAGACGCUGCUGGUCGUUGCGCAGAACGGCGCAACUGGGCUGGAUUCUGGCUUCUCGGGUUGUGCAACAACUUUGCCUAUGUGGUUAUGCUGAGUGCCGCCCAUGACAUCCUCAAGAAACAAGAGUCAGAGAACGCCACAGCGUCUAGUUCAGUCACGCUGACUGUGGACUUCCAAGCCGGGAACAGCAGCAACAGCAGCCGCUAUGACUGCAACCCUGUCUCUACUGCGGCUGUGCUGUUGGCCGACAUCCUUCCAACUCUCGUCAUCAAGUUGUUUGCUCCUUUUGUGAUCCACAAACUGCCCUAUGGCUUCCGAGUGCUGUUCUGUGUCAUCAUGGCAGCAACAAGUUUCCUCCUCGUGUCCUUCUCCUCGGCUGUGUGGAUGAGUAUUCUCGGCGUGAUCUUUGCCAGUGUCAGCGCUGGACUGGGAGAACUGUCCUUCCUCUCUCUCACUGUGUACUUCAACAGGGAUGUACUGGAAGGUUGGGGCUCAGGUACGGGUGGCGCUGGUGUUGCUGGUGCCCUCCUCUACUCAGGUCUCAUCCAAGCCGGCCUCUCGCCCCAGAUUACACUUCUCAUCAUGCUGGUUGUCCCGGUUGCUAUGGUGGUGAGCUAUUUCUUCCUGCUGGUUCCUCCACCUUCAUUUCCUCAGUGGAGGAGCAGCGAUGCUGAAUAUACACCUGUGACCUCAGAGGACAGACGGCAGCUGCUGGAUGAUUCAGAAGAAGGUGAGCAGGUGAAGUCAACCACAGAAAACAGGACCGCCGGCUCUCUCACCUUCCCAGAGAAACUGCUUGUCAUCAAAGGCUUACUGAAGUUUGUGUUCCCCCUGGGACUGGUCUACUUUGCGGAGUACUUCAUCAACCAGGGCUUGAUGGAGCUCCUGUUUUUCCACAACUCUGUCCUGUCACAUGCGGCGCAGUAUCGCUGGUACCAGACGCUCUACCAGGUCGGUGUGUUCUUGUCUCGGUCCUCCCUGCGCUGUGUAAAGAUCAGGAAGCUGUGGGCUCUCUCUCUGCUACAGGUGGUGAACGCAGUGUUCCUCCUGUUCGCUGUACGCUACCAGUUCCUGCCCAACGCCUGGCUGGUGUUUGCUAUCAUCCUCUAUGAGGGUCUGCUGGGUGGAGCCGCAUAUGUCAACACCUUCUUUUUCAUCAGCAAGGAGACUGAGGACAGAUACAGGGAGUUCGCUAUGGCUGCUGCCAGCGUAGGAGACAGUCUGGGCAUAGCUCUGGCUGGACUCGCAGCCUUCCCCGUCCACACAUACUUCUGUUCCCUAUGACUGAGCCCACGCACUGACCAGCAGGAUGAAUAAGCAAGACGUGGGUGCAUUGCAUUUGAUGGAUUUCUUUUUUAUUUAUUUUUUAAUCUGAAAUGGGUUACAGACUGAUGUGGAAAAAAAAGCAGACUUCACUCCUACGUAAAAACAUUGAUUCCACAUACUGUAUAUAAUGCUGAUUUAUAAUCGUCAGCAAGUGAACCUUACAGAAUGAUGUGGACCGACUUAUUAAUUCAUCUCUUUUACCAUCAACCGCUGAUCACUACGUCGUGGAGUACGCAUGCUGUGAGUGGCAGUUAUCAGAUGAUGUCCUGAAAGAAGUCAGACAAGCUGAUUAAGCUGUCAUAACAAUGCAGAGAAUGUUGUUUUAAAAGAAACACUGGCACAUAAUACUUUCUCUGCAGCUCCUUCACAAGAAAAGCUUCUGGUUCGGUGUGAAAGCAGGACAGGAAAUGUUCAAGUCUUCAGCAGCCAUCACUUGGCAAAAUGAACAAGUGUAGUAUUAACACCUCACAUGUAAAAUAAACAAACCCGGAGACAUAAUAAGAAGAACAUUAACAGCUUUUCCUGUGGAUUACCUCUGAAUGGCAUGACAGACUGGUGCUUAGCAUAGUGUUUGAUUAGCAUUUGCAGUAUUUGAAGAUGCAUACCAGUGAAGGCUUAUCUGGCUGGGAAUCAACCGCGCCCCAAACACACCAUCAGGUUAACCACAUCAUAGAGUUUGAAGGGUUUCUUGUUAACCGACAGCAGACACCAACACUAGAGUCAACUUUACGAUAAAAGCUGUUAUUUUACUGACCUCACUUUUACUCACCUUACAUUUAUUUGCAAUAAUGAAGUCUUCAGAAUGAGAACUGUUGCCCUCUGACUGCCACUCAGAGCUGAAUUUAUACGAAAAAAUACCAAAAAUGGUACUAAAAUGAGAGUUAGUAAAGUCCUCAGGUGACGACACUUGUGAUUCUAACUUGUUUUGAAUGUUUUAUUUCUGUUUACAUGGGAUCUCUGUUGUGCCAUUAUCACGUUUUAAUGUUAUGUCCUCAAUACUGUGACACGACCAAAGAGCCCAACCACUGAUUACUGACCGUUGGAGCAACAUUACAACAUCAUUUUUGGCUUAACAUAGUCGAACUUAUAGUAACACAGCUGCCUGUCAGAACUGAAGGAAUUCUUUUCUUUUAAUACAACAGCUAGAACCUUGUAGAUAAAACUUUUAUGGUGCCUUCUUAACUCCAAAAUUAAUUCAGGUUAUUUCUGAACUAACUGACUUGUAUUGUUUUUGUAUGUUUUGCUUUUCAAUCACUGGUACAAUUGAAACAGGCCAUUAACUGACGUCACCAAGAAUGCCUUCGAUUAUACGUUUGCGUCAAAGGGAACCAGAGUAUUUUUUAACUGGAUUGAUUUCAUGUAGGGGCUGCAAGGUGGAGCGGUGGUUAGCACUGUUGCCUCGCAGCAAGAAGGUCGCCGGUUCGCGUCCCGGUGAGGACACCCGGGAUCUUUCUGUGUGGAGUUUGCAUGUGGAGGACUGAGCGGUGUAUAGAUGGAUGGAUGAUUUCACGUUUUAUAUACAGUAUUGUAGCGAUCUGGAAAGGUUUUGCAACAACUAGUGCAAUUGUUUUUGUUCAAGGUUUUGCUUUUUUCAUUCCAAAAUCCUUCCUUUUCUGAAGUUUUAUAGUAUUGGAAGUGAACAUGCUUAAAAAUGCGACGCCACAUUAUAAAAAUCAUUGUAAGUAGAUAAUUUAUAGACAUGUCUCGAACAGUGCACAUUCCUACUGACAUUUUAACUACCACGUUAUGCUGCUGAAAUGUCCGCACUUUGUUACGACUCGAUAUCAUUUGUUAAGCCUGUGCUUCAUUGAUCAUGACUUUAACAUGAAUAAAAUGAUGGGGUUUACCUUUCAUUUACUGGA